AUGAAGCGCACCCUGGUUCCGAACCUCACGAAAUUCCCUCCUAACCGCUUGGUCAUCGGCAGCCCCAACGUCCUCCGCGAUGCCGCCGUCUUCCGAGCUUGGAUUGAUUAUUUCAGAAAAAAGUACAAUAAGGUGGUAGCUGCAGGAAUCAGGCCCGAACACGACAUCAAUGUGCAUCUCGCUCCAUGGUUCCUCGCGAUCAACCACGACUGGCUUUGUUUCUCGAAGGCUGUUGUGGAGUCUGGCUUCUUCAAGGAAUACCUACCCGAGGCGAGAGAAUUCACUCUGAUGCUCUAUACUCUGGCAACAACGUUCUGGGAGGCCUAUUAUCGUGUUCACGAGCAAGUCCCUUCGCGACACGUCCACUCCAACUCGUCCUCGUACGCGUUUCUCGACAACCGAACCCAGUCGCUCAUCGAGGCGUGGUUCCGAGAAGCGGGCCUCGACUAUGCGCAUAUGCACCGGCUUUUCAACGCUCACAGCUACGACCAGCUGGACGGUAUGGUCCACUUCGAUCCCAGCACUGUCGUGUCCAGGGCACACGUGAGACCCAAGCGCUACUGGAUGAUAUUCAUAGCGGGGCUGGCCCAUUUUCUGUGCGAAACUUCUGAAUCGAAGGGUCUGUCGCUUUUUCGAAAGAGAUAUCAAGAUCAUUGGCCAGCACGCUUCCUUAUCGGGCCACAGGCGCAAUCAAUUUGGGGCGCCGACGAUAUCCGGGGGCCCGUCACCUUGGGAGGAUACUUUGCAUCUCAUGUAGAGACGAACUGCACGUACGCGAGUGGAAGCCUGGAGCGCGACUAUCACAUAGUCCGCUGCAUCUUCUGGAUGAUCAACCACGUUGUCGACAAGCUAGGGAUGGGAGACGCGCAAGCGGAGCAGGCUAUCUCUGCCUUCGUUGGGACGCUCGUUGUGCCCAAGGUCACGGCGUAG